UCUGUCAAUAUCUGUCACAGAACAUCCAAUCUUUAGCUACCAUUUUCCUCUAACCGCCACUACCCACAACAAUCUUAAGCUCCAAUUCUCUAGUUGUCACUAUGCUGGACUUCUUCCAUUUGAACGUGCCAGGCCUGCAUUUGUCAGGCCCUAUUUGCUCCGGCGAUGCUCACAAACUGUGCUUAUUAUAUUUGCCCUCUUUAACAUACCGNCAUACCACAUGGGCAUAGAGCUGAUUUUGGUUUUUCUUUUAUUUCUAAAUAAGCAGUUGAAUGAUAAAGAGCGGGUAGCUGCAGCAUUGGAAAACCCUAACCUUGUCGACAUGGUUGAUGAAUGCCUUGCUCCAUCUUAUGCAUGA